GUCCAUAACAACAAGAUGUUUACGAUCGAGGAAGGUUGUAAGAGUUUUACGUUUUAAAAGGUGAUGCCCGCUAAAAAGAAAGGUAAAAAGAAGGGAAAGGGAAGUAGCAAAGGUGAAAAUGAAGGAGAAGAAGGAGGAGGUAGGCCUGAACCGACUGGAAAGGAACAGGAGCUUAGAAAAGAGUGAGUAUAAGAAGCAAGCUUUGCGUGGGGGCCGUCAAUCAGUUGAUGAAAAAACUACCUUAUUUAUACUUAAUUUCGCGAUUCUGGUAAGGAAGUAUUUCGCGGGGUUUUAUUUUCGCGAUUUUAACGCGCAGAUAUGAAGAAAGGGAUUAAAUUUCGCGAUUUAUGCAUUCUCAACUUCAUUUAAAAAAGAAAGUGUGAACCUUCAAAAUUUUUAGAUCAACUGGAACAAGGAAUGCGUGAAAUUUUUCCAAACUAACGUUAUUUCACGAUUGAAGAUACAAAAUGGGCUUGCCACUAAAACCAGUUAGCAAUUUGUGUUUGUCGAUACAUAAUUAUCUUGUAUAUAAUAAUAUUAUUUGUUGACUACACACUAGAGCUUCAGGUACUGUGUAAUGUAAGUGUACUUGGAACCUACUUUGAGUGUGAAGGGGUAAAAUGUAAUUACUUCAGCAUUACUUGGUGACCAUGGAAAUGAUUGUAGUUCAAACAAGCUGAAGUUUGCCGCCAAGCAUGGGCAACACCACACUUGAGAAGACACUUGUCUGAUAAGAAAUGGAAGCCAUGCAUAUGCACGAUGUGCAUGUGCAGCGGUUCCAAGGUUUUAAUGAACAGAGAGAUUGACACCUUUUACCUCAAAUAAUAUACUUUGUCAACAAGUGUGACGCUAUUUUUUCUACAGAAUGACUUAAGAUCUCCAAGUGCACUUGAAUGAAGUGCUUACUUGAAACCAACUUUGCUUCUAGUGUGAAGCCAACAAUAAUUGUUGCUAUUACCUGUUAAGCUUAAUUGUCAUUGGGUAUCAAUUUUGCGAGGAUUUUUUUUGUUUGCAUAGAGCCAAUGAAACUAACAUGUGAUUAGGCGGUCCUUCUUUAUUUUUUCUUUGGCAAUGAGGUAGAAAAGGAACACCUGAUACAUUUACAUUACCAGCCCUCAGCCUGUUAAGUCCAGAAUGAUUGGUUGUUAUAACAAAACAGUCUUUGAGUGCAGUCCUGAUUGGUUACAUGAUAACUUGUCUGACUUCCGGUGUAACAGGCCUUUGGCAUUAGUUGACCACCUGAUCAACUUUCGGUAAACACAAAAACAGUUCACUUUUGAAAAAUUUUGUUAGUAGGAACUGAAAGAGCGUAUCAAAAUUAGGUAGCCUGUAAAAUUUCAGCCAUAUGUCUCAAAAGUAGCAAUUAUUGCAAUGGCUGAAGAAAGUUAUAAGGAAUUGUGUGAGAAAAACAACUCUUGCCACCCAGUCAUGCUUGAGUGGUUUUCCAUUCAAAUCCUUGUAAAUUCUGAAAUUUUUAAACUGUUGUUACAUCUUUCCCUUACGCAUUUAAGAGGUCAAAGUGCCUGUUACGAAUUAAAAGGAGAUUUGAGCCCAGUAAUGCUUAUGGAAAUAUUUCAUGACAGUUUGUAAAUUUCACAUCGAUAAAACCUUAGAAUAAAAAAUAAACAUAGUAAAUUCUUUAUUUUGUUGGCACGCAACUCUAUUAAUGUUCAUUCAAACACUUGACCAGUCAGCUCAAACUGCAGAAGUUAGAAAAGGCUGGCCGCAUAGGUGAUUUUGGAAUUUUUUUUAUAACGGUUUAGCUAAGCCCACGCAUGCUUCAAUCGUCCAGAAUAUUGAAUGUGUGUACCAUUUGUAUUGCAAAAUUGUGAAAAUACUGCAUCCUGUCCGAGGUCUGUAUGAUAAAAACAGUGCCUCAUGGUACUGUUUCACCUCAGAUGUGAUGUAUAAAUGGUGUAAAAGGUUGGUUUACACGCACCCAGAUUUGUUGGCAAGAUUUUGUAAAGUAAACUUGUCGAAUGCAAAAAAUUCGGCCUGAUUUUUUUUUCCAGGCCUAAUUAAUCUACGGUGGCCAAGAGCCAUUAUGGCUCUUAAAUGUGAUUGAAGAUGAUUGCUGUUUUUUGGUUGUACAUAAUUAUGUACCACCUCGAUGUAAGAUUUGCUUCACCCUUGGGCUGUUUGUAAAUUAUUUUUCUCCAAAAUCACUUAGCCUUUCCCUCAAAAGUCACAUGAAUGUGCUCUAAAGUUAACUGAUUUGUGGAAUACAAGUUUACUGUUUGAUUUAGAUUAUAAAUUUAUUAAUGAGAGCUUUGCUUUUAGCCCUGGCUAAAUCUAUAUGUUAUGCUCUUUCAGCUCCUGCUAACAAAAUUUUUCAAAAGCAAACUGUUUUUGUGUUUACCGAAAGUCGAUCACGUGAUCAACUGAUGCAAAAGGCCUAUUCAAAACACAAAGCUAUUUAUAGAAGUUGCAGAGGAAGAUACAAACAGCAACUCUUCUGCUGCUUUUGUCUCCUUAAGUCUUUAUGCACAAAUCCUCAAAGGAGGAGCAGAGGGAAUGCACCCAAAGAGUCGCUUGCUUGAAAUAAGUUGUUUUAGCAAUUUGGCAAUCUUCAGUUAGUAACAGCGCAUUUUACAGGGUCCUUCAUACAGUCACUUGUCACAUUUUGAUCAUCAUUUUUUUUAUCAGUUCUCACUGGUAUUGGUGAAUUAUGAAGAUUUCUGAUGUUCCAUUGAGUUUUGUCUCUGAAUUCUUUGUUUCUAUUGUGUAACCAAAUGAAUGGCACGUAUAGUUAAGUAUAAAGAUUUGUAAGAAUAGCACUGCUUAAUUGAAAUUUAGUAUAUCAUCCCUCCUUUCUAAGCCUCAUGAAUUUCUGACCUAUCUUAAAGCAAGAUACAUGUACAAUGGUGUUGACAGGUACACUGUAUUAUAGCAUCCGAGGGGCAGCAGUCAUGACUUGUAAAGUUCUUUGCUACAAUGUAAUUAUGUAUUAGGCAUUACCUUUUUUCCCUUUGUCUGUCUGCCAAAAUUCGCCCUUAAAAACAAAAAAAGUAUGCAUGAUUGCAGGAGUCAGAACAAAAGUUGUUCCUUGAAUUUGACUGUUUUUUCAGUUGGAUUAUGUAGAACACGUAAUCAUUAUGCAAAAAAAUAUAUAAUUAUAUAUAUAUUCCAUAUGUAGACAAGUAAUCUGUGUUAUAAUAUUACAGGCUUGAAGUUUUAACAGAAAAGUUAUCAAAUUUGAAAAGAGAGGUGGAGGAACUGUAUCCUAAAGUAAAUGAUGUGAUUUGUCUCUAAUUACUAAUAUACAUGUAGCCUCACUGCAGUCUAGCUCUUUUUAUGUAUGAGGACUUAUCUAGAGGUUUAUUUGUGUUUCUUCAGUUCUGUGGAGCAGGCUAGAUGGAUGUAUUGAUUAAUAAGUUAAUCCAGUUCACAUUGUUCAUGUUUGUAUCUAUAAACAUCGGUGCAUGACCUCAGUAGCCCAGUUGGAAGAAAGCUAGACUGUUGACAAGGGAAACUAUGCUUAGUUAAAAUGUCAGCAAAAUUAUCAUUAGGCAAGGCACAUAUUAUAUUUAUAAUGUUUUUUGUUGUCACAUUUUCAUUAUUAGUUGCAACUCUUGAAACCCAUUACUGUUUACACAUUGGUCAUCAGUAGCACUUUAAUUUUCACUCCAGAGUUGACUGUCAGUUCUGUUAUUGUCUCACAGUGCUACAGUAAUUGUACAGCUCAACAAUCUUUAUUUAUAAGAAUUUAACAAUAUGUGACUUACUGACUAGUUGGUUAAAUUAAGUAAAAUCCAGCUUAUGCUUUUUUGAAUAAAGAUAAUAAUCUAAUCUGUAGACACUAGCACUUUAUAAAAUAUAUGUGCAACUUUUUUAAAAUACAAAAAGAUUUUACCGUCAUGAAGGUUCUUAACAGAUUUAAAACAGAAGAAAAGAAAAUGAAUGGCUACAAGAAGAAGCACAUCAAACUAGACUGGAAAGUGUGAGUAUUGUUUAUAUACAUGUUGCAGUUAAUUUUUAAUUUCAGAUAAUUUUUGUUUUUCCUUUGUUUCAAAUUAAUUAGCAUAUAUUAGCAUGCCCAGAAACAAUGGAAAAAUAAGAAUUACCUGAGAUGAAGAAUUAACUACAAGAUAAUUUAUAUACACUGUACAUUGUAUUUCAAUCAGAAAUAAUGGACAAUAGGCUCAUGAACACCUUAAGUGAAGUUCAUAAGCGUACGGGCAAGGGUGGGGGGGUGGGGGUUUGGGGGGGCUGUAGCACAGAGUAACUCAGAUUUUUGGGCGCAGCAAGAGAAAUUUGGGCAAAGUCAGUUUUUAAAGAAGUUUCCAAAUCUUUUUAUUAUUUCGAAGAGAUAGAUAUUUUCCAUUUUAACCUGAAGUCAGCGUGGUGAAUUUAGUUAUAUUCACGCGAGACAGUGGUUGCCUAGCACGUGAUGAGUUUCUGUUUAUUAGUGAAGGGUAUCAUGUUGAUUUACAUAUUUGUAGUUUUUUAUUGUUGGGCACUGUGCUGCACUGCACUAGCUGUUGUGGGGUGUUUCCAGUCUUGAAUUGAUUAGAAUCAACUUAGGCAUAACUUUCUAGAAUCAUCUCCGCUCGACAUAACCAUUUACACCCAAUUCUGGUGUCGGAGUGACGAAAGUUUCAACAGCGUAUGGCGGAUAGCAUCAGCAAUGGGUCUGAAAAUGAAGAAGUGGCUGACCAAAUUAUUCUCAGUUUGAAUUUCGAGAAGCUAGGGCACUUAGACAAACGCCAUCGCGCUGCCUUCAAGCUCUUGUAGGUGAACACGCGCAAAGACAAAUGCAGCUAACACCAGAAUCGCACCACCGUAUAGCCUGCAUCACAGACGUAAUUAACCUCCGUUAGUAAGGUCUGCGAAGCAGGGCAGAUGUCCUUGUUCUGGCCCCCAACGGAGUGGAUGAAUUACCGUUAGUGCGUUUCAAAUUUCCUUUCAUCCUGAUUGGCAAAUCGACAGUGGCUUUUUUAAAAGGCCAAUCAUGGCACGUACUCAAAUCCUGGUACACAAGUGUAGGCCCAGAACAAGGAUUUCGGCGCUGUUUCGCAGACGAACAUAACCAGAGUUUAGUUUUGCCUGUGGCGCAGGCUUACCACCGUACUAUGCAUGACUAUGCGUCCAUCGACGAGGUGCUGUCCGAGCUUGAGCUCAGGUUUAGCGGAAAUGAUCAGGAAAUACUGUGUUCUUUGGGAAACUUCUGUCACAGUGAAACACCUGUUAAACAAAGCUUGAGUUUUCCUGCAUUGCUAAAUUGUAGAAAAUCGACGGCGAGAUUUUCGAAGCCGAGCAGACAAUAUACGCGAGGUUUCGUCGUGUGCACGGAUUAGGCUACAUGACUGUUCCAGAAAUGCUGGAGGCAAUGCACGAGAAUGAUCUUUUUUUCUGGUGUUUUCUAAUGUGGUAGUUAUAUCCUUACAAUGAUACCUGCUACAUUAUGUUCUGCAGAACGAUCAUUCAGUGCGUUGCGCAGAUUGAAAACGUAUCUCCGCAGCACCAUAGGCAACAAUGUGUCAGUAACAUCGCGUUUAUUAACAUUGAAAGGGCAUAUGCCAACUCUUUAGUCAACAAUGAUACAAAUGUAUGGAUCCUAUCAUUGAUAUCUUCGGCCAUCAAAAUGGCAAAGACAGCUAUUUCUUUUAACGUGUUUUAUGAGCUCAGAUGAUAGAUUCAUCUGGAAGAACACUUUCACUUCAUAUGUAUGCCUAUGUUGAUGCAUCGACUGUUUCGUAGAAAUUUGGGCAACUUGCGAGAAUUUUUUGGGCAAAUAGUUUAAAUCCUGGCAAAAAAUUGUCCGUACGCCUAUGAUGCAGUUUUAUGAAAUGGGGAUCAGUAAGCCCCAGGUCAUGUUGGUAGAAACAACACACAUACAGCGCAAUGCAAAUCCCAGUGCCAUUUUUCCUAUUUGCCUGUCAACUGUACAGAUUAGUGACAGCCAUGAAAGUACAUUACAUCUUUUUUAUGUACAGUAGUUGCAUUUUCUACACUCGACCAUGUUGCAAAGUUAAUUAAAUCAGAAAAACGUGAUUAAAGCAGGUUUGGUCAUCCAUCGAUAUUUUAAAAUCUUACAACUGAGAACACAUCCUGUAAGCAGUCCAUUAUUUGUCUUCUUGAGUGAGGAGGAGAAAAGGAGGCUUAGCCUGAAUCAUGUCAAGACCUUGAAAUCACUGCAGAAGCCUGAUUUUCAGGACUAGUCAAUCUUGUUCUCUAUUAUCAAACUGGCUUUCUGAAAGUGAAUCUCUAUAACUGAGCCCACUGUAUUAAGGACACGGCUAUUAGGCCUGGCUUCAAAAUGGUAUCCCAGCAACAAGCAGCACUUGCUCAGCUGUUACAUGUACUUGAUUCAUGCAGAGUCUUCCUUGAGUACCCCAAAAUCAAGCAAGUGAAUGAAAGGCUCUGCUUGCAGGGUGCUGAUCAUGAGAACAGUGCGAUGUCUUUCAACAUUAACAAAAUUAUGGAAAGGGAGCAUAUCAAGCAAGUCCAAGUGUGAAAUCCAGUGCACCACCAACUUUGCCUUAAUCAUACAUGUAUACGAGCAUUUUUAAAAUAAUUAUACUGAAAGAAACCCCUUAAAUCAGUGGUUAUGAGGAAUGUCCCCCUCCUUGCAACGUGUUGAUUCUUUUCCAUGCUACAUGUAAUUAUAGUAUGUAUUUGAAAAACAAAAAUAUUACAAAUUAACAUCUUUAUCUCCCAAACCUGCUCUUAGCAUGAGUACAUGUCAUACAUGGCAAAGAAGACGCAGAAGAGACAGACAACAAUAAUAUCUCUUAGUGACAGUAAUCAGCAAGAACUAGAGAACAUCAAAAAACAAAGAGAACAGAUGUUAAAGGAAUAUCAAGACAAGAAGCAAGGUAAAGGCUUAUUUUACAUAAGCUAAAAAAAAAUUAUAAGUAAUAAUAUGAAACUCCACAAACUGGCCGAUCAGUGAAUAACACGUAAAAAUGUCUGUUUUAAAUUUGUAUUUGCGCAGUUCACGUCACCAUUCUCAUGUUCCAUUCCUUUCACGGGUUAAGAUGAAAUCAACAAAUCUGCCUCCUCAAUUGGUUAGAGCACUGCAGCGCUAACGCUGACGUCAUGGAUUCAAAUCCCAUUGAAGUCCCGAAAAUUUUUUUCGGUUUAAUUUAAUUUUUGCAAUUGCUUAAAUUGCAAUUACCACUGCGACGAUCAUAUCUUCAUAUAAAUAAACCAAUCAUUGUUAAACAGACUGUUGUGAAGCCUCACUCGAUUUGGUCAAACCGUCAUUAUCUCAAAAUUUUGCUUAGUCAUGUUGAGACCAUCUCAACAAAGAAAUUAAUGGUCAAUGAGUUACUAGCCUGCACCAUAGACGAAACUAACCUCUGAUCUGGUUAAGUACAUUUUCAAAACAGCGCCGACAUGCUUGUUCUGGGCCCCGCCAGCUGUGUACCAAGAUUUGAGCAUGCACCAGGAUUGGCCUGUUAAAAAAGCCGUCGUCUAUUUGCCAAUCAGGUUGAAAAGAAAUUCCAAAAGCACUCAGAACAAGGGUCUCGGCGCUGCUUCGCUAGCCUGAGUAUCAGGCCUUCCUAAGGGGCUAGGGGAGAAGAGAUUUUAGAUGGGGUGGGCGGGGGGGGACGGGGGAGAAGAGAAAGUUCUCUCUCUUUUUCGCUUCCAUCUUCCCCCUUUUCUCCCAGAAACGCCUGAUAUUCAGGCUACUGCUUCGCAGAAGUUGCUAACGGGGAUUAAAUUAAGUCAACAACGCAGGCUAAUGAAAAACUGUGAAAGGUUUGAACCCAGGAGUCAUUUCAAAAGUAGGUUGAGUUUGAUCGUCCGCGUGAACGUAGUCCUGAAUAGGAAUGUUGUUGUUGACAGUGACUCAGGCUAAUGAGUUACAUGUAUGUGACCAAUGAACUUAAUGUUGACAAGAAUUUAACAAACCCUAAAAGGUUGAACUUACGCUUACCCAUAACAUUGGGUCUUAUGUUCAUGGUAAUAUUGUUCAAACCACUUGACUACUGGCUUUAUCUUUAAGCAUCUUGUUAGAUGUGGGAGAGCCGCGCAAAAUUUGGGUGGAUCCAGUGAUUUUGUUACAAAUAGUUGUGGUGAGUUCUGGGACUCAUUUUGUGAAAAAUCAUGUGUCCCAGUCCAUAACCAAUGAGUCCCAGUUCAAAACAAAAGGAGUCGUGUUUGGGUCUUUAUAGCUCUUUAUGUAACCGGACAGUUCAUCUGGAGGCAGUUCUCUGAAAUUGAAAUAUAGUCCUUCUAUACGUUUAAAGUACAAAAAAGACCAAUAAAAUAAAUAUGUAUCUUUAAACAACAGCCACAGCAAUCACACGAACAGGAUAUUCUACUAAAAAAUCUUCAAAUCGAUCGAUCCUUCUUUGUGUCCUACGGGACACAUGCAAUGAACUAUUUUGCGUCUUUGAAGGGGUUUUUUAUGCAUCAGGGACCCAGGACGCAGAGGUAACGAAAUCAUAGGGGAUCGCUGAGCCAAAGCUAAAAACACCCGCAGUUAAAUCGACCAAGAAGCACUAAGUUCUUUGUGUCCCUUUCGUCUUAUCCAACCUUUGUAAGUUUUGCUUGUAUUAUACGUCUUUGACUGAUCCAGAGAAUCCUAUUCUUUAGCUUUAAAGCAAUUGCUGCUUGAAAAGGAGGCUGAACUUGCUCUGACAAACAGUGAACUCGCAGAAUUGGAAGAGUAUCAGGUAGGCAAAAUACAAAUUAACUUUGUCUGAUGCUUUAUAACUUGGGAUAUCUUAUGUAAAAUAAUUAAGACUGUGAGUUCCAUGUAAGUACAGUUAGGGCUGUCAAUAAGAGCUGGUAGCCGGCCAAAACCGUCGGCUAGUUAGCCAUCGCUUGCCGGCUUAUACUUUCUAUACUACCAUAACUGCUUACAAAAAAUAUGCAGCAUCGAAUAAAAUUGUAAAGCAUUCGUUUCCCAGUUUUGAAUGACAUUUGAACGCAUAUUUAAACAGGUUGAGAUUUCUGAAACCUUCGAACCGUACGAUGUCGUGAAACGCCUGGGACAUUUCGACGGCACAGUUCCCAGUCUUGUUUGUAUUCUGCCGAAAUAUCAUGGCGUCCGCGGUGGAAAUUUGAAAAUGUCCCUAGAUGUCUCGGCCCUCAAGAACUUGUGCCUUUAAUGCGAGUUCCAAAGCCGCCUACUUUUCAUCUGAUCAGCCUGCUACUUAAAACCUUUUCGACAGCCCUGAGUAAAUAGUCAAUUUGCGAUAGAACAGACCAUUCAUUUCCAUUUCCGAGUUGCCUUAAGUCUCUAUCUUAAAGCGAGGCUAAGUCAGCAAAGCCAUUGAUAUGAAAGUGAUGUUUCCUUGUCAUGCGAAGAAACCUCAAAAGAAGAAAGGUUACGCACUUAGCCUUGUCUUGAAAGUGAGAGUUUUUUGGAACUUGAAAAUGGCCUACAUAUUGGCCCACACUGACUAUAUUCUUAUCACGCCCCUCUUCCAUGUGAAAGUUAAACGAAUUAGCUUCUCAGUGUUGAUUAUCAAUGCAUUCAACCCUCGCAGGCAAGCUUUAUCUCUUAACUCUGAGUCAGUUUUGUUGCGUUUGUACAUGUAGUGUGACUGCUCAUUUCACAAUAAACUUUUUGAUACAUGUUUGCUUGUCAGACUCUCCAGCGUGACCAGAAGGCAGAGAUUGCACGGCUAGAGCAGGAGGUUCACACAAUGCGAGGAAAGCAUUCUGAGGCAAUCCAGAAACUGAAGUCUCAGUUCCUAAGAGAGAAAAGAACUUAUCAAAAGGAAUCUGAUGAAAAGAUACAGGAAAUGGCUCAACAGGCCUCACAGGCGAGUACUUGUGCAAACUCUUAAACAGGUGUACGCUUGUAGUACAACGGGUUGAAACAUAAAACUGCCCCUGAAAUAAAGAUAGGAAAUAUACAAAUGAAGGAAACGUGUUUCUUUUUAGCCGUAAGGUUUGAGUGACCUUAAUCUCAGUGGUUUGAUCGUUCAACCAGUUUUGUGGUAAGUGACGGGUUCGGAUCUUGAUGGGGAUACUGAUUAUUCCUACCUGCCACCACAGGCGUUAGGCACAAUAAAUGCAGAGCGGAAGGGAAUGAAUAGCGGGAGAGAAGAAGAGGGAGAGGAGCGAACGGUGUGCCGCGUUCUUUCGCCCUCUCUCCAUCUAUCUGUUCUCCACUAACUGAACGCCCGGAACCGGCCUUGCUCGUGAAACGCAAUGGAACGUAAGAAGAAAGAACUUACUUACAUGUUUUUAAAAACCAGUUAGAAUGAUAUUGUCCACUCAGACGCCCGUGGGUAUCAGAUCUACAGUUAUGUUCAUGGUGGAUCAGGGUCGGUUUUUUUUUUUUUUCAAAAUGGUUGAAAUCCAAAACGAUCGUUCACUUGCCUCCCUUUUUCCAUAGGAAGCCAAGCAGUGUUUAGAUGAGCAUACGCGUAAGAUAAAAGAAGAAAAUGGAGUGUUGCGUAAAGAACUUUUACAACUAAUCAAACGAACACGAGCACUUCACGAACAUCGCCGAGAAUUAGAGGAACAACAUAAGCGACUUCUUCGUGAACUGCAAUACAGUAGGGAUCUGAAAAAACUCAGGGGAUCCAGGCAGAAUAGACUCCAUAAGAACUUUGGGAUAAACGAAGAAAUGGAGGAAAACAAGCAAACUUGA